AUGUUCUCCGCCGAAGAAGACCUAUCGGCGACCGAAGGCGGCAUCCCAAGCAAGGAAUCCAUUGCCGAGAAAUUCGAGCUUCUGAAGUCCAAAUUCCUCACCAUUCUGGAGCAGCGUUUUUUCGGGAACCUCAAACAUGACUGGUCGAAGUCCGCUGAAGUGGACCCGCAAGACCAAUCGCUGUCGUCUUUCGUCAGCUUGAGUGAUGACAGCGGCAGUUAUCUGAUAAUGGAGGGUAAAAAAAUCUCCUUCGAUUGGUUCCGGAAUGCUCUGGCAAGAAGCGCAUCGGACUCGGAAUCGGAAGCUACUGCCUUACCCGUUGCGGUGGCUAAGCCCAAAGUCAAAAUUGAAACUCCCUUCCAGGUUGGUACUCCUGAGCAGAUGGCGGCCCUGAUGCAAGUAGAAGAUCGUUUCCAUACCCACAAGUCCAGAGCAAGGCAGGGUAUGAGAGGCAGAUUGCUGGUUGAGGAUGUCCCGUUCGAGGAGGAGAUUUUGGGUAUAGAAAAAAAGUAUCCUUCCAAGUUGGCUACGCAGGUGGAUUUGCACUAUCGGAAUGAGAUUUCACACAGACCAAGGAUUCGCAAUUUCGUGCGAAGUGAUUCUAUGCACAAGCUGCGGGAAGCCUCCCGCAAGCAAUUCGAAACGUUCUAUCGGAAGGAGUAUCUGUACGAGCAAAGCAAGUUUUUGAAAGCGGAGAGGCUACAACACAAGAAGUUCGACGAAAGUUUGGAGGAGAUAAGCGAAGCCCUACGGAAAGUCAUGUGGCAGCGGUUCAGCCAAUCGCAGCGGGAGGUAGACAGUCUUAAACCUUGCCUCGACGAGACGGCACGGUUGGAGAAAGAAUUUCGUGACCGGCAACCGGAAAUGGACGCCCUUUGGAACGGGGUGAUCAAGAUGGAGCGUACAUGGGCUGAACGGAUCAAGUGUCAGAACUUUUUGUAUUUGAUUAUGCCAAACCCAUGGCGAAAGGAAUACGAUUGGAUCCAUAGGGAUGAGCAAGGAGAAUUGGAAGGAUAUCCGGAGUCGAUUGCAAACAGGAGUAUUGUGAAUUUAAGGUCUCCGCACGAGAACAAUGACAUAUGGGCGGUGAAGGAAUUUUUCGAGAAAGAGUAUCUGGAAAAGGACAAACCCAUUUAUGCGGUUUUUGAGGAUAGUUCGAGUCUGCUACGGGGAAUAGAUGCACUGGAUGUUAAUUUGAUGACAUUAUUGAGUCGGCUGAACGUACUCAAUUGGGCCGAGACGGAAGCCAAAAAGGAAGCGGAAGACGUUAAGAAGCAUUACGAUCGAAUGAUUGAAAAUUUGCAGUUUGCAAUUCAUGAUUUAACGGAUAGAAAGGUAAGAUGCGAGAAUCGUACGGCUCAGCUGAAAGAUGUUCUGAACAGAUUGGCGAAGGAUCCUCUUUGGGAGUGCGUUGCUAAUGAAAGGACGAGGAACCUCGACACCCUUCUGUACGUUCUCUACAAGAAUCUGUUGCCACGGGAUCAACAGGACAGCGCUUUGAAAUUUUCCGGAACCGAAAGCUUCAGCUAUGUUUUCAACCUUAUCACGCAGCUCUUGACGGAGUUGGACAAAAUCCCUCCGAAAUUCAUCAAAUCUGCGGACAGACAGGUACGAUUUGAGCACAAGCAUAUGAUGAACGAAGCCCGGCGAGCUGCGAAGGAAGAUCAUCGUCAGAGACAGAUGGCCAUCCAGUUGAAGCGUUGUUUGGCUCCUCCGUACGUGCGGCCUCCACGAACCGGCAAGCUGCCAAGGUCAAGACUCAAGAAGAAACCUGCACCGGAAGUGGUAGUUCCAUCGACGGAGACCAAGUUCGAUCGGAUUUUCAGGCUUGGAUUUGGAGAGCAUGCUAUCAUGACCGAGGCGGAGCGCAGAGGUAUGCAGGUGAAUUCGAUCUAUCAGAAUUACAGCUCGGUUCAAUUUGACCAUUUCCUUCGGUCGAUUGGGUACGAGCCGGUCUACGACUUUGUGAGCAAGGUGGAAGAACGCGAUGGACCGGAGACGAAUUUCUUCCAACGAAAGGAGUUGAUUCCGCAUGUGCUGCGCCGCAUGAAGAGGUAUGAUGAGUACCAGGAGAAACUUAAGCAGAAGAUGUUCAAAAGAAUGACAGAAAUUUUGGACAUACAAAUAGACGAUUAAAUUGU